GUGAUUGCGAAGCUUAUGGUUCAAUGUAUCCGACAGAUGAAAUUCUUAAUCGCUGCGACGCUCUUGGUGCUCGGGCUGGGAGCAGCCUCAGCGGCCCUGGUGGAUGAGUCAGAGUCUGCUACCGCUGCCGUGAAGAUCCUCGGCGCAUACGCAACCAGGACCCGCUUCAGCGUGCUCUCGUCCACGACCUUGAAGACCUGCAUCACGCAAGUGGGACAGAAUGCAAAGUGCCAAGGACGCAGGAAGAGGGAGGCCAAGGUCAUGAACGAAAAUCUCAUGGCCGCCGACGACGUACGCGAAGUCCUCCUGGACUCCUCCCACGACGAGCAGGUUGUGGCCGUCGACGCCCCAGAGCAGAAGGAAGUAGGCAAGCUGUUCGUCUCCCUGACUUCUUUCACCACUCUGACCACGACGACUUUCUUCGAGAACACCGCCACCACCGUGUCCGUCUCCUUCCACUGCAUUCCUCCCAACGGCCUCAACUACGAAUACUGUUAGGUAUCGACGAGCUCUUGAAUUCUGCCAAGCGGCCGUGUUCUCCGGUCCUUUGGCAUUGCUCUACCUGUCCUGGAUGAGCUAGACCUGUUCAUGCCGCGAGCAAGAAAGGCCAGCUCCAUUCCUUUGGAAAUGUGCUGUAUAUAAGAAGGUCCUCAAGCAAGUAUAGCUGUAAAUAAAUAUUUUUUUGAAA